UCCAACUUUCUAACCCUCUCUCCCUCAUCUCUCGUCCCUCUCUCCUUGCAACUGAAGUUUGAAGAACGGAUUUUGACAGAAGCUCCGGCGACGUCAAGACCAGACCAGACCAUGGAGGUCACCUCCACUAGUUCAACCAUAAGAUAACACAAAAACAAAAUAGAGUUCCAUAAGAAGGUAGGAUGUGGAAGAUCAGAAAUCAAGAUGGGGAAAAAGCUUACCUGAACCUUUUGAGGGGAAAAAUUGGAAAUCAUGGAUGAUUCCCAUUCCAGACUCUUAAUGAACCAAACAGCAUAAAUUGGAAUCUGAUUCUGAUUCUUGUUUGAACCAAACAAGUAGGGGGAAUAGGCCUUUCCGAUUCCAACUCCAACAGACCCUCAGUGUCAUUGUUUUAGGGUUUCAUCACCCUUCUCUUUCUAAUGGAACACAUAACUUCAGCUGUGGAAAAAUUAAAAGGGUUUGCAAAAUCGAGCGAAAAGUUCGCGAAGGACGUUAUUCAAAGGCGGGAUAACUCUGCUCGCCGGAAUCCGAUUGAGAUCUUGAAACGGUUGCAACGAGAAGCAUUUUCUGAUUUGAUGAAAUUAAGGGAAAGACAGGACAAGGUUGAGCGCUUGCUAUCCUUCUACAAACCUUCCAGGGGACCAUUCCAGGAAGCUAGUACCCGUGUAAAAGUAGAGGUGAAUACUGUUGGGGCAUUGUUGCUUGUGGAUAAUACUGAUGAUCAGAGCUGUGAUAUGCUAAGCAGAGCAGGUGUUAGGACAGGGGUUAGUUCAAGGUUCAUUUUUGAAACAACUGUCCGGGAGAAAGAUUCUCUUCUGGCAGAGUUUGUGACUUGUCAGAACUGUCAGGACUAUGUUAGUGAUGUCACUGGGAGCCCGCUUUCAUUGGAAAAGGUGGCGUAUUUAGCAAAUGUAAAUGACUGGUUUUCUACAGUUGCAAUCCCAAUAGGAGCCCAAUGCAAAGAUGUUGGAUUUGCUUCAAAUUCUUUUAAUCAGGGGCAGAAUCUUACCAGUUUCUCUGUUGGGCCACCCCUCUUGAACCUAUAUCAUGAUGCUGCUGCUGCAUUGAUGGUGAAAAGGUCAAACGUUGCUGCUGCUUUGGCUCAGUUUGUUUCUGGGUUGGGAAAAUCAGGUUCUGUUGGACAGGGAUAUUCCUUUAGCACUUUUGGGCAAGUUAUCUGUCAACUUUCAGAAAGAACAAAGCUAACUCUUUUGGGUCUUCAUAAAAUGCCUAAGUCAUCAAGUCAGCAGGUCAAUUUAGGAUCCCUUGCCAUGCCAGUAGGUUUCUGGAAACGCCAUAAGAACCCUGACACACCGACAGAAGUUCCUAUUCCUAUCACAAGUAAUAUAGAAGACAAUGUACCAGCUAGAUCUGUUGCUCUGAUUCUUGAGUCAGAUCUUGAUGAGAGUACCAGAUUCAGAGGCUGGAUUGAGAUGCAGAAAUCGAGUCCUGGGCAUUUAAAAUGGGCUGUUUCACUCUCUGACACCCCAGAAGAUGAGGUAGGAUGGGGGUUAAGCUUGGGUGGGAUACUCCAAGGCCCCUCAGAUUGGGAUCAUUUCCAGAUGGAAGCCUUCUUAAAAUUUAACUCAAGAAAAAGAUUCAGUUUGCAACCUGGCCUCGUAUACGUGAUGGAUGGAACAACGCGAAUACCUGUUUUUAUGUUUCGGGCAAGCUGUUCUUUGUGAUCAUAUUUGACACAGUGGCUAUUAGGGACUACUGAAAGUAUUUUAACAAAAAAAAAAAAAAAAGAAACUACUGGAAGUAUGAAGAAUUCCAGUUGGAUGCAAGAGUAGUCUCUCUCUCUCCUUUUACUAUUAUCUCUAUUAUAUUUCUAGAUGAGUUCUAUUUUA